AUGGCUCUGCCUUCCAAACCUCAUCUCCUCCUCCUCCUCCUCCUCCCUCCUAUAGUGAUGUUGCCAUCCCUUUCACAUCAAGCCCAAGACCCUCGCGUCAUCGACCGCAUUGUAAGAGACUCUGCCUUCCAAUCCUACCACACCAAGCACCACAAGACCGCCAUCGCUUAUAAGCUGCCGCUCCCUUCGAGCCUCUCCGCUGUCGCUGCAGAGACCGUCAGGUAUCGAGCUGGGAGCCUCAGAAGAUAUGGAGCAGCCAUCAAAGAAUUCCGGGUUGCUCCUGGUGUCUUCGUUCACCCCCACAUCAAAAGGCUCAUUGUUGUGCGCCAGAACUUGGGCAAUCUCUCCGCUAUUUACAACGCUUACGGCAACAUAUCUGGGUUCCAGCUCGUGUCUCCGGUCCUGGGUCUUCUUUUCUACAAUGCAGCUGGUCUCCGUAACUCUUCUUCCAAGAACUUAUCCGAGCUCGAGAUCUUGGUCGCCAGGAGACCCAUUGCGGUGGAUUUUUCCAGAGUUGUUGGAAAUUUACAGCGUCUGAGACCACUCUGUGCAAUGUUUGAGUUGGAUGGCAAUGUGAGCUUAUCAAAUCAAACGGCGAGCAACAAAUGCUUGUCCCGGCGGCAAGGCCACUUUGCUCUGGUGAUUGAAUCAGCUAAGAGUGAGAAUUCGAAGGUGAGUGAAUGGAAGGUUGUGGUGGUGAGCGUGGUUGCGGGUGCGUUCGUAACGGUGCUUCUGGGGCUCAUGGUGGUGGCGGUGGCGAGUGCGAGGAGGAAGAGGUAUCAGAGGGAGGAGAUGGAGCGGAGGGCAUACGAGGAGGAGGCGCUGCAGAUCUCGAUGGUGGGCCAUGUGAGGGCGCCCACAGCGUCGGUGGCUCGCACCGCGCCCGCUCUGGAGAAUGACUACGCACCAUCUUCUUCGUGA